AUGGAGAGUAAUACAUUUAUAAGAAAUGUUGAAUUUGAACCUUUAAAUAAUUCAAAAUAUCUAACACCCAUUAGAAUGAAAUUUGAAGCUAGAUUGAAAGAAAAUGAUAAGGUAAGAAAAAUUGUUUGGGAUGUUGCUAGUGAACAUGAUUCUGUUGCAACACUUUUGUAUAAUAGAGAUCAUGAUACAUUACUUUUUGUAAAACAAUUCAGAGCAUCUGUAUUUUUUGGAGCAGUCCGAAGACAAAAAGAAAAUAUUGAAAAAACAAUUGAAAGUAUAGAUUUUACAAAAUACCCUCCCAAUAUGGGAUAUUCAUUAGAGUUGUGUGCUGGACUUAUUGACAAACCAGGAGUUUCUGUCAUACAACAUGCCCAAGAAGAAAUACUUGAAGAAUGUGGUUACAAAGUUCCAUUAGAAGAAAUAAAAUUCCUGAAACGGUUUACAACUGGUAUUGGUUUUUCUGGAGCUCAACAACAUCUUUUCUAUGCUGUCGUUGAUGAUAAAAUGAUUGUCCAUGAAGGUGGUGGUAAUGAAGAAGAAGGUGAAAACAUUGAAACAGUAAGUAUGACAAUAAAAGAAGUCAAAGAUUUAAUGAACCAAGAUGAGUUAUGUUCCCCACCGGGAUUUCUUUAUGUUGUUCAACAUUUCUUGGAUAAUAUCUACAGUAAAGUUAAGCAAAGUAUUUAA